UUUGAUGGUGUCGGAAGAAACCAGCAGAGUUGAGAUGUUAGGUUGAAUCCUUCGGCGAUAUUCCAGAAACCCUAACUGUGUCUGAUUUUCCCCCCAUCGUUUGUUGCAGCAGGAUUUAGCUUAUCCAUCCAGGGAUCCUUCGUGGUGCAUGAUUCCGUGUGCGGCAUCUUCCAUAGAAAUUCGUCACUCGCCGACUCCUCGUGAAGCCCAUGAAUGCGGAAUUCGAUGAAUGUGUAUCCUUCGGGGAAAGGAAACCCAGAAAGGGGCUCAGAGUCAAGGCGUUUCUAGAAUCUCGCUGCCUCUCAAUGCCACAGAAAUUCUGUUGCUUCACCACCUCGCAGCUCCGUUUACAGCUGCUAACUAUCGUUGCUUCGACAGUUUCUGAAACGAUUGCACUUGGGGUGAUGCUCACCUGCAACCUGCGAAAUCACCACUUACCUGGAGAUUAUUGAGGCAGCGAAUUGGGUGCGAAAGCGUCGUAGAAAUUCCCUGGAAGGUUGAUGCAGAGUUGCUGCUUUCAAUUAGAUAUGGUGUGCUGCCUCUGAAAGCCAGGUUCCCCGCCAUGGCAAUACUUCACUCGCGUCACACAUUUUUGUCAGUCCUAAACCCUGGCCACAACCUCCGACAAAGCUCAUCGUGUCUAAGAAGAAAUAUACUCCAGGCAUUCGAGCCAAAUUUUUCUAAAGGCGCAACGUCGGCAUUGGUGGUUUGCAACGCUGAAAGCCCCUUUGGAGUGGCGGACCUGAAGCAGUCUGAGCGAAGCUCCUUCGUUUCUCGUUGUGAUGGGCUUGCUCUAAAUCAUGGAAGGGUGAUUAUGAAUGCGGUGGACAGAAUCGACUCUGAUGAGGAGCUCCUGGAUAAUCAGGACCGCAUAAUUGGGGCAUUGCAAAUCGGAGUGAUCGGCUGUCGAAGAUCAGCUUCCUGGAUAUGUUUUGGUGGCGGUAAAAGGCCCCGACGGAAGCGAGCAUGGAAGACUACGAAUAGGAAAGGUUCGUUUGCUAAAGCUCGAAAGCUCGUGGAUCUCAUUGACGAGACGCCACCUGCCAAGGAGGAUAUUUACGGGGCGUUAGAUGCCUUUGUUGCGUGGGAGCUGGAGUUUCCUAUCAUUGCUAUCAAGAAAGCGAUGGCAUUCAUGGCCGAAGAACAAAAAUGGAGACAGAUAAUACAGGUCUCGAAGUGGAUGCUAAGCAAAGGGCAAGGGAAGACUAUGGGCACAUUCACGCUUCUGCUGGAGGCUUUGGAUCACGAGGGGCGUGUAGAGGAAGCUGACGCGCUUUUUGAAAAAUUACUUACUGAACACGAGGAUGCAACUCCGCGCUAUAUGUUCACGGUCGUUAUAGCCAUGUUUGAGCGGCAUAAUAACCCCAGGAGGCUUCUUCAGGUGUUUGCGGAUAUGGAGGAAUUGGAGAUAAAGCCGGACAUGGUUACUGUGGAGCGAGUGGCAAGAACUUACAGAAGUAUAGGAUUGAUGAAGAGGGCAGAAGCUGUCGAGGCCAAGUAUCCGCCUACAAAAUGGGGAUUCAGGUAUAAGAGAGGCAAAGCUUAUAGAGUAAGGGUUACUGCCGAUGAUAAGGUUAUCAAAUCUGACGGUUCCGGUAAAUCCGACGAUUCCGGUAAAACAGAGUCGGGUGCAGAAGAGGGAGAGGAAAGUGAUGUGGAUUCAGAUAGUGACGAUGAGGGGUUUACGUACGAAGACGAGGAUUUUACCAGAGAGACAAUUCUUUCUACUUAAUUCCUACAGUGUUCUUUCAUCGGCAGAGCACUGUCCCGCGAGGGACCGAAAUUCGAUUUAUUCUUAUGCAUUUAUUUUUUUAACACGAGAACUAUUUUAAGGGGUGGUAUCAAGUCCUGGAA